AUGCCUCAACUUUCAAAUCCACCUUGGAAUAAUGCGUUACGAUUAAUGUCUGAGCUUGUCAAGCCAUCCAGCUUCCUUGAUUUGCAGCAGCGGGACAGGUUUUACCGUGCAAACGCGCGAUUCGACACGUAUAGUCGCCGUAAGUUGCAGCGCAGUGCACGUAGUUCCCUCGACCGCCGUGAUGAUUUUUACAAAGUGCGUAUGAAAGAAAUUCGACUUACUUGA